AUGCCGCGACAACGAGGAAAUAAAGUUCACAAAUCGAAACGUAAAGGUUGUGGUAUAGGUGGAGUCCACAAGCGCCUUUCGAUGAAACACAAGACGAAGGACUUGGACCAAAUAGUGAAUGCGAUUAACAACGGUGAGAUCACACCUGCUGGGAAGCCUUUGACCGCAUUAGAAAAAGACGAAGACAAGCCUGGGAUGGGUCAACAUUACUGCGGGGUGUGUGACAAAUACUUUUUGACUCGUGCCAUUUACUUGAAGCACUGCACACAAACGCCACACAAACUCAACGCAAAGCGAGUUCAAAGGGAGAAACCCUGGACCGUCAAAGACGCACAAGGGAGAGUCGACAAUGGGGUUAAACUUGGUAGAAAGCCAUGGGACAAUGAUUUAGGGUUACCACUCGAGAAGUUACAAGCUUCUGUUCUCAAGCCCACUGCUUAA